GAACACAAUUAUUUAAGAGAGGGGAGUUGAAAAAUGAGUAUAAGCAUGGAUGUGAAUGUGAUGUUUCUAAUCGUCAUCGCAGUGGCAGCAACAGAAGCGACGUUAUGCAGCGCAGAAGCUGCAGAAUAUGUAGUAGGAGACGACUUAGGCUGGACUAUCCCUCCGGAUGGCGCUGCCACUUAUGCUGCAUGGGCUUCUAACCAUAGCUUGGUUGUUGGUGACAUUCUUGUGUUUAAGUUUGCAGCAGGAGAACAAGACUUGGCAUUCGUAACCAAGGAAGAUUUGGGCACUUGUAACACCGCAGAUCCCUUGCAUGUAUUUGAGAAGGCAACCACAAUAAAAUUUCUUGGAACCGACACAUAUUAUGUAACGUCAACUUUUGCCGGGCACUGCAGCAAAGGGCAAAAGAUGACUUUUGACAUCGCUCCCUCUUCAACUACCAGUACCAUUUCACUAGCAAGUCCAAGUCCAAGUCCAAGUGCUGAUAAAAAGCCCCUCCAGCAGUCUCUCAACUUUGUGUCUCAGAUCUCUGGGCUGGUUUUCUAGUUUGUUUCUCCUUGUGCUUCGUCAUAAGAUCCUAGCAAAUGUCUAUUAACUACAUUGAGAAAGAAUCAAAGAGCAAUGAGGAAUGGAGAAAAAUAAAGAACUUGAGAGAGAAACAACGGAGAGAAAGAUAGAAAGAGUAGGCUGUAUGAAUUGUAUUUCAGACUUAAUGAAUUGGAUCCUCACAAUUACAG